GGAUCAGUAACGGUUACACAGUGAGCAGAUCGCAGAGAAACUGCAACAGAUACCCACUGAGACAGACAGGGAGCUGAAGGAAUCCACAUGAUACCUAAAGGCUGAAGAAACCUGAUACUGUUGGACUGAGCAGAAGCAGCUGAAGGAACUCUCUACACCCUAAAUCCUGAGCUUGUAGCAGACUCCUUAGCAACCCAAGGCGCUCUCCGCAGCCGGGCAACUGGAUACUACAUUGAUUUAACAGUGCCCCCAUCAUCUGGAGAAGAUGGGGAGUGAGGGUGUGAGCAGUGCCUUAGGACCUCUGCAAGUGGGAGUACAUCUCAUCUUGUUGGCUUGCCUAACUAGGCGCUCACAGUGCCAAAGUGAAUUAACAGGCCAAACACCAAGACUGGACAUACAGGUUGACAAAGGGGGUAACAUGACUGAUCAUGGCAUUGAAAACAAGCAGAACCCUAUGGUCUUCAACCAUGUCUAUAACUUUAAUGUUCCCUUGAGCUUCCCCUGUACACUUGAACCAGAAACUCCAGAGGAUGGGAGUUGGGUGACACAGCAAACAGAGAAUACUGCAGAUGCUGGAAGCCAAAUAACCUUUACACACAGCAUACGUGUCCCCCAGAGGCUGUGCCAGUGCUACACCACACCUCAUGCUGUGCAGCAUCUCCUGAGCAGGAUUGAAGCUUUGGAAAGAGAGGUGAUGCUGCUCAGGGAGCGAUGUAAUGACAGAGCAUGUCAGGAUGCUGAAGCUACAGGUCUCACAGAGUUUGCACCACCUUGCAGUGGACAUGGAAACUUCACUGUAGACUCAUGUAUUUGUAACCAAGGUUGGGGUGGUGAGAACUGCUCAGAGCCUCUUUGCCCUCUGGAAUGCUCUGGAAGAGGAACCUGCAUAGAAGGGAUGUGUGUAUGUGAGCCAGAUUACACAGGGGAAUGGUGCACUGAUCUGUUAUGCCCUGAGGAGUGCAGCCCCCAUGGGCUGUGCCAAGAUGGACAGUGUGUAUGCCAAGAUCCAUACAUUGGAAUAGGCUGCACAGAGCUACGCUGCCCUGGCGAUUGUUUGGGGAAAGGACGUUGUGCCAAUGGGACUUGUGUUUGCCAGGAUGGAUAUGCAGGAGAAGACUGUGGGCGUAUGUGGUGUAUAAAUGCAUGCAGUGGACGCGGGCAGUGCCAAGAUGGGGUCUGUGAGUGUGAAGAAGGAUACAGUGGGCAGGAUUGUUCAGAAGUUGCGCCACCUGUGGAUUUUAGUGUAACAGCUGUUGGUGAUCAUUGGAUGGACCUUGCAUGGGAAGGAACCACUGCUGUGACAGAAUAUGUUAUUUCAUACCAGCCAGCAGUGCCAGGAGAGUGGGGGACUCAACAGCGGCUCCAACAGAGGGUCCCAGGAGACUGGAGUUCAGUAACCAUUAGGGAGCUGGAGCCAGGAGUUACAUACAAUAUUAGUGUCUGCUCUGUCAUCAGUGAUAUUAUCAGUGAGCCAGCUAGUAUCACUAUAUCCACACAUAUUUCGUCACCACGAGGAUUAAAUUUUAUGGAAGUGACACAGACCUCAGUGGAAGUGCACUGGGACCCACCAGUGUUCCCUCUCGAUGGCUGGGAAAUAAGCUUCACUCCCAAGAAUAAUGAAGGAGGACUGACGGUCCAGCUUCCAAGCAGUGUCACUUCCUUUAACCAGACGGGCCUAAAACCAGGAGAAGAAUACACCGUGAGCAUCAUUUCUCUAAAGGAUCAGGCACGGAGCCCCGCAACAUCUGGCAGCAUUUCGACUGACAUAGAUGGACCUACCAAUAUCCUGGUUCGUGAUGUUACUGACACAGUUGCAUUUGUGGAGUGGACACCAGCUAGAGCAAAACUGGACUUCAUGCAGCUUGACUAUGGACCUAUAAAUGGGGAAGGGGAAAAGACUACCUUUCGUCUCCAGCCUCCUUUGAGCCAGUAUUCCAUGCAGGUCCUACGUCCAGGUUCACAAUAUGAAAUAUCAAUUCGAGGAGUGCGGGGAGACACUGAGAGUGAACCAGUCCGUGCUACUUUCACCACAGAGUUAGAUGCUCCAAAAAACCUUCGAGUGAUAUCCCAUGCCUCAUCCACAUUGGAACUGGAGUGGGAUAACAGCGAGGCUGAGGGUGAGGGCUACCGCGUAGUCUAUAGUACCCUUGCUGGGGAUCAAUACCAUGAACUCAUUGUGCCAAGGAACUACGGCCAGACCACUAAAGCUACACUUACAGAUCUUAUCCCAGGAACAGAAUAUGGUAUAGGAAUUUCUGCCAUCCGCUAUAAUCUCAAGAGCGCUCCUGCAACGAUGAAUGCACGCACUGAGUUAGACAGUCCAACUGAUCUAAUGGUAACUGGGUCCACAGACAAGAGCAUAUCACUGACCUGGACAAAAGCCAGAGGUCCAAUUGACCAUUACCGGAUCUCUUUCACUCCUUCCUCUGGCAUGGCUUCUGAAGUCACAGUCCCCAGCGAUAUUUCACAGUAUGAACUCUCUGAGUUAGAACCUGGGACAGAGUAUACCAUCUCUAUUUUUGCAGAAAGAGGGAGACAGCAAAGCAAAGAGACAACUAUUGAUGCAUUCACUGGUUUCCGCCCUAUCACGCAGCUUCAUUUUUCUGCAGUUACGGCAUAUAGUGUAAAUGUGUCGUGGACUGACCCUUCUCCACCCCCGGAUCAAUUCAUUCUGACUUACAACCCCAUUGACAGCAAAGAUCCUCUACAGCUCUUUUUAGACCCCUCGUUGAGACAAACCAGACUUUCAGCUCUUCAACCUUCCACAGAAUACAUGGUCACCCUUCUACCAGUUCACGGAACUGUCAGAGCAGAGCUUGUGGAAGGCACAGUCACAACAGGUGUGGCUCCCCCGAUGGACCUUUCUGUAAUAAAUGUCACGGAAAACUCAUUGGCUGUGGUGUGGAGACCACCUCCUUCCUCUUUACACCACUACAGACUAACUUACCAAUCUACCAAAGGGAGGAUGGACAGUGUGGUGAUUGGAAAUGACCAAACACGGUAUACCCUGGCAAAUCUCAUGCCUAAUACAGAAUACAAGAUAAGUUUGAGAAGUGUUCGAGGGCGUGAAGAGAGUGAACGUGUUGGCAUUGUGUCAUGGACAGCUGUUGAUCCCCCAUAUGGCUUGAGGACCAGCAAUAUCACUGCCACAGAAGCCAUUCUACACUGGGAACCACCACGAUCAGAAGUGGAGAGCUAUGUCAUCAUAGUAACACACCAUGCAGGUUCAGGAGAAACAAUCCUUGUGGAUGGGGAGAGCAUAGAAUUUCAGCUGCAGAACCUUCUCCCACGCACCAAUUAUUCAGUGACACUAUCUGCUAAUUUUGGGCACCAAACCAGUCGAUCUGUUGGGGUCAGCUUCACAACAAUUCUGGAUCCACCCAUGAAUCUGACUGCCACAGAAGUGGCAAGGACUAGUGCGUUAAUUUCUUGGCAGCCACCCAUCUCUCCUAUUGAAAAUUACAUCCUCACUUAUAAAUCUGCUAAUGAGAGCCGGAAGGAGCUGAUAGUAGAUGCUGAGGACACAUGGAUCCGCCUGGAAGGCUUACUGGAGAGUACAGAAUACACUGUGAGCAUUCUGUCUGUGCAGAAUGGGGAGCGGAGCUCGGUCACCCACACUGUAUUCACUACAGGAGGGAGGGUGUUUUCCUACCCACAAGACUGUGCUCAGCACAUGCUGAAUGGAGACAACCAGAGUGGAGUCUAUUAUAUUUAUAUCAAUGGUGACAUGAGCCAAAGUGUCCCUGUAUACUGUGAUAUGGCUACUGAUGCAGGAGGCUGGAUUGUAUUUCAAAGACGCCAGAAUGGAUUGACAGAUUUUUUCCGCAAGUGGGCAGAUUAUCGUGUAGGUUUUGGGAACCUGGAGGAUGAGUUUUGGCUGGGACUUGACACUCUUCAUCAGGUGACCUCUCAGGGGCGCUACGAACUGCGAAUUGAUAUGCGGGAUGGACAAGAAGCAGUCUAUGCAUAUUAUAAUAAGUUCAACAUUGGCGAUGCCCGAAGUUUAUACAAGCUGCGUAUCGGGGACUUCAAUGGGACAUCAGGUGAUUCACUCACUUACCACCAGGGACGACCAUUCUCUACAAAGGAUAGAGACAAUGAUGUUGCUGUAACAAAUUGUGCCUCUUCAUAUAAAGGAGCAUGGUGGUAUAAGAACUGUCACCGUACAAACCUGAAUGGCAAAUAUGGUGAAUCCCGGCACAGCCAGGGAAUAAACUGGUACCACUGGAAAGGUCACGAGUUUUCCAUUCCUUUUGUGGAGAUGAAGAUGCGGCCAUAUAAUCAUCGUACCAUGAAAAAAAGGUCCCUCCAGCUUUGAGCUAACUGUACCAGCCAAACACAUGGCUCCUCCAUGCACACAUCUAUCUAAUGUUUUCCUCUUUCUUGCUUUCCAACCUAGUACUAUUCCUCCAGCCACAGCCUGCAACUGUUUAUCUUCCUGUCACACUGUUAGUGGACUGGUCAUAUUACAUACCUUUAAAUAGAAACGAUCCUCUCAAACUCAUAUUUGCUCUGCAUUCACCUUAUUUUUCACCUUCAACUUUACAGCAAGCACCAUCCGUGAUCCCCAAAACUCCUAUGCACAUUGCUUUUUGUUCUUCAUUUGCAUUUGUUGCUUAAACAUCUUUCCCUGCCCUGAUGGGUACUAAACUAUCCCACCCUAAUACCUUUACCUCCUCUGUUCUUUCCUUUCUUCUUGCGUUUAAGACAGUGUUAAUUUCAGUGUACAUAAACCUUUUUGGAACCAGCAAUGAAAUUACCUGUUGUAGUGCCCAUGAGAUCCACAACUCUCUGCAUUUUGGAGAACAGUGAUCUCACUAAUAAUUGGUGUGCCAAACUUUUUCCUCUUGCAACUCCAAUCCUUUUGAUGGUUGGAGAGUCCUUUGUACACAGUAAAUAACUGACUAUUGCAAGUGGAAUGGAAUUACACAUGUAGCACUGAAGACUCAGCAACCCAGGACCCUUGAAAUAUUUCCUGCCAGCAUCCAUGACAGUAGCCUGAAUUAUUUGAACCAGAGCAAGUAAUUCAUUUUAGUUGUUCUAUUUUAUUGGUUAAAGAAAUGAAGGGCCCAAACUGCCUUACAGAAAAUAUGGAUGCCCUUAAAGCCUCUGAAUAUAUUUCAAAUGUUGGGUUUUAAAUAUAAUUUAUGUUUAAUUGUAUACUUGAUUCUCUAUUUCAUUACAUUUUUAAAAUGUUAUUCCUUUAAUGCAAGCAGGCUCUUUAUACGAGCUGAUCUGUAAUGGGCAUAUGUUGGCAUUCAGCUCCUAAUAUGACUGUUUGCAUUUAGGAUAAAAAGGGAUCUGGUGAAAAUGUUUUAACUCAAUAUCCCUUUAAAUACCAUACAAUUGCCAGGUGUUUGGCUACACUGUGGAUGACUCUGUGCACUGAAGAUUUGCAUGCUACAAAUGAAGUGGGGCAUUCUGGUCUUUGAAAAGUGAAUGAUUUUAUUGCCCAGCAUUUCAGUAAUAUGUGUUGCACCUUUGUUUAACAGUACCAACUUUAAACCUUCAGUGGACACAUUAAUCCACACUGUGCCUGAGCAACUGCCACUUACAUGGUAUGAAGAAUGCAGGUAUCCCAAAUACUGCCUUUUGCAUGUUCCACAAAGCACUGUACCCUUUAUUUUCUUACCUAUGGAAUGCUACACUUAAUAUGCUUUGCGUCUCUGCUUGACAAAGGUACACUAUGUUGUAGCAACAGGUUGAACGGAAAAAAAAACAUUCACUUUAUGGAGACCACUGUGCCCCAUUUUGUAUUUGUAACUUGUGAAGCAGUAACUAUUACACAGAAGAUCACAGAGGAGACUAUUAUAGAGUUAACACCUUAUUUAAUCUUGUAUCCCUAGUCCUGGAUGCUGUUAGCUGAUGUAUAGAUCCUUUUUUAAUGCAUUUUCUAUACGUUAUUAAAAGAUUCCUAGUGGGAUCAUGUCUGCGUGUUUGAGUCUCUUUUACUGGGAAGGCGGCAGAAUGUCACCUAGCUUCAGUCCAAUCUUCAGAAUAUCAUUUCACUAACAACUUUCCAUUCAGAGUUUGCUCCCUUGAGCUUUUAUUGCUACGAGUGCACUGCUCUAUUGAUUCAUCUUGAUCUAUUCUAUCUACUUCUUCAAUUUCUAAUCCAGCAAAGCAUUAUUCUAUUAUGUCUUUCCUUAUAAAGGGGCUGUAAUAAAUCACUCUAUUAA